AUGUCAGAAGAGAUAGGGGACCGGGCCGCCCCGCCCGCAGCCCGCGCCCGGCCGGCGCGCCGCUCCCUCCGUCCCGCUCCGUCCCGCUCCGUCCCGGGGAGCGGCCGCCUCCCGGAGGCCCACACCCCGCCCGCGUGGACGCAGCCGAGCAGCCGCGCUGCCCUCGAAGCCCCGACCCGGAGGGCGGUUCGCUCGCGCGCUCUUCCUUCUUUCUUUUUCGGUCGGAGGAGAGAAAAGCGCGUCGCGCCGGGCGUGCUCGGAGACGGGCGCGGGGACGGGGACACACCCUCCGGCCCGCCCGCCCUGCGCGGGGAGGAGGCGGCGCGCCCACGACCUCGGGCCUGGCCGCCGAGAACCGCGCAGCGCGGCGCCCGCAGGAUGCUGCUCCCCAGGGGCGCCUGGCCGUGGCGCCCGCGCCUGCCGCCGCCCCCCGGAGCCCGGGCCCGAGCGCGCCCGCGGGGGCCGCCGCCGCAGGGCUUGUGUGUGAAGCUGUGUGGAACUCUGAAAGACCAUCAACCACGCCUCAGUAGUACAGUGGCGCCACCUGAUGAAAUAACAAUUAACUAUAGACAUGGCCUUCCGUUGAUAACCCUUACUCUGCCGUCCAGAAAAGAGCGAUGUCAAUUUGUAGUGAAGCCCAUGUUGUCAACGGUCGGCUCGUUCCUUCAGGACCUACGAGAUGAAGAUAAGGGGGUCAAGAGCACCGCCGUCCUCACAGCAGAUGGCAGUGAGAUUCCAGCCUCAACCUUGAUGGGAAUUUUGCUAAUGAAUGAUUUUAAACUUGUCAUUAAUAAAAUAACAUAUGAUGUACGGUGCCCCAAGAAGGAAAAACUGAGUUGUGAGCACACUGCUGAGAUGGAAAACGUGAAAUCCUUGGUGCACAGACUGUUUACAGCCUUGCACUCAGAAGAGUUUCAGAAAAGGAGAGAGCGCCGUUUACUGGAGAAAAUCGACCAGCUGACGGGACGGCUGCAGCCCCUCGAACAGAUGAAAGCUAGAAUCGAAGCUCGCUCAGAAGCCAAAACCAGCGGCCUCCUAUGGGCCGGACUGGCGCUGCUGUCCGCUCAGGCAGGGGCGAUGGCCUGGCUCACGUGGUGGGUGUACUCCUGGGAUAUCAUGGAGCCAGUGACGUACUUCAUCACAUUUGCCAAUUCCAUGGUCUUUUUUGCAUACUUUAUAGUCACUCGACAGGAUUAUACUCACUCGGCUGUUAAGAGGAGGCAGUUUCUUCACUUCUUCCAUAAGAAGUCGAAGCAGCAGCAGUUCGAUGUGGCACAGUACAACCAGUUGAAGGAGGAGCUCGCUAAGGCUAAUGAAUCCCUGGGGCAGGUGCGCCACUCUCUCUGUUUGCGGAUGCGAGAGGAGCUCAAAGAAAAGAAUUAAUCUUACGUUGUUAAAUGUUACUGAGUUUUUCCAUUGUGUGUUGAUUUUACAACCUAGAAACUGGAACUUUUUGAGUCCCAUAGUUCAUCUGAAUUUGACAACUUCAGUAAUUUUUGUUAAUAAAAAAAUGCUUGCAAAACAUG